AUGGCUGAUGCGUUCCUGGCCUUACAACCUGUGUGUUCCUCUCUUUCUCCCAAUGCAGUUAACAAGCACAAGCCAUGGCUUGAGCCCACCUAUCAUGGGAUAGUCACAGAGAACGACAACACGGUGCUGCUGGACCCCCCCCUCAUCGCCCUGGAUAAAGAUUCACCACUUCGAUUUGCAGAGAGUUUUGAGGUGACAGUCACCAAAGAAGGUGAGAUUUGUGGCUUUAAGAUUCACGGGCAGAAUGUCCCCUUUGAUGCUGUGGUGGUGGAUAAGUCCACGGGGGAGGGAAUAAUCCGCUCAAAAGAGAAGCUGGACUGUGAGCUGCAGAAAGACUACACGUUCACCAUCCAGGCCUAUGACUGCGGGAAGGGACCAGAUGGCACUGGGGUGAAGAAAUCUCACAAAGCAACCGUUCACAUCCAGGUCAAUGACGUGAAUGAGUACGCGCCUGUGUUCAAGGAGAAGUCCUACAAGGCGGCCGUGGUGGAAGGGAAGCAACAUGGCAGCAUCCUUAGGGUGGAGGCCGUGGACGCAGACUGCUCCCCGCAGUUCAGCCAGAUCUGCAGCUAUGAGAUUCUCACCCCGGAUGUGCCAUUCACUGUGGACAAAGACGGUUAUAUUAAAAACACAGAGAAGCUGAACUAUGACAAAGAGCAUCAAUACAAACUCACGGUCACGGCCUAUGACUGUGGGAAGAAGAGAGCCACGGAAGAUGCCCUGGUGAAGAUCAGCAUUAAGCCAGCUUGCAGCCCUGGGUGGCAAGGCUGGAGCAACAGGAUUGAAUAUGAACCCGGCACGGGUGCUUUGGCUGUCUUCCCAAGCAUCCAUUUGGAGACCUGUGACGAGCCUGUCACCUCAGUGCAGGCCACAGUGGAGCUGGAGACCAGCCACAUCGGGAAAGGCUGCGACCGAGACACCUACUCUGAGAAGUCCCUUCACCGGCUCUGUGGGGCUGCUGCCGGCACCUCAGAGCUGCUGCCUUCCCCAAGUGGUUCCUUAAACUGGACUGUUGGACUCCCCACUGACAACGGUCAUGACAGCGACCAGGUCUUUGAGUUCAAUGGCACUCAGGCCGUGAGGAUCCCAGACGGUGUUGUGUCCCUUGACCCCAAAGAGCCCUUUACAAUUUCUGUGUGGAUGCGGCAUGGGCCUUUUGGCCGCAAGAAGGAGACGAUUCUCUGCAGUUCAGACAAAACAGAAAUGAACCGGCACCAUUAUUCACUCUAUGUCCAUGGGUGCAGACUCGUCUUCCUCCUCCGCCAGGACCCGUCUGAGGAGAAGAAAUACAGACCGGCAGAGUUCCACUGGAAGUUGAACCAGGUCUGCGAUGAGGACUGGCACCACUUCGUCCUGAAUGUGGAAUUCCCAAGUGUGACACUCUAUGUGGAUGGCGUUUCCCAUGAGCCAUUCUCUGUGACAGAGGACUACCCUCUUCAUCCGACUGGGAUAGAGACUCAGCUUGUGGUCGGAGCUUGCUGGCAAGAGUAUUCAGGAGUCGAAAGUGGCAAUGAGACUGAGCCUGUGACUGUGGCCUCUGCAGGUGGUGACUUGCACAUGACACAGUUUUUCCGUGGUAACCUGGCUGGCCUCACAAUCCGUUCUGGGAAACUGGCAGAUAAGAAAGUGAUUGACUGUCUAUACACCUGCAAGGAGGGGCUGGACCUGCAGGUCCCCGAGGAUGGUGGCAGAGGUGUGCAGAUCCAUGCAAGCUCCAGUCAGGCGGUGUUGACCUUGGAGGGAGAUGAUGUCGGAGAGCUCGAUAAGGCCAUGCAGCAUGUUUCCUACCUGAACUCGAGGCAGUUCCCCACACCCGGCAUCCGCAGGCUCAAAAUCACCAGCACAGUCAAGUGUUUCAAUGAGGCCGCUUGCAUUGAGGUGCCGCCAGUUGAAGGCUACGUGAUGGUUCUGCAGCCAGAAGAGCCCAAGAUCAGCCUGAGUGGGGUCCACCACUUUGCCCGGGCUGCUUCUGAGUUUGAGAGCCCAGAGGGUGUUUCCCUCUUCCCUGAACUUCGAAUCAUCAGUACCAUCACCAGAGAAGUGGAGCCUGAGGGGGACGGGUCAGAGGACCCCACAGUUCAAGAGUCCCUGGUGUCAGAAGAAAUUGUACAUGACCUGGACACCUGCGAGGUCACAGUGGAAGGGGAGGAGCUGAACCCAGAGCAGGAGAGCCUGGAGGUGGAUAUGGCCCGCCUCCAGCAGAAGGGAAUUGAAGCCAGCCACUCUGACCUGGGCGUGGUCUUUACAGGUGUGGACACCAUGGCCAGCUAUGAGGAGGUUUUGCACCUCCUGCGAUACCGUAAUUGGCACACCAGGUCCCUGCUUGACCGGAAGUUCAAGCUCAUUUGUUCAGAACUAAAUGGUCGCUACCUCAGCAAUGAAUUCAAGGUGGAGGUGAAUGUGAUCCACACAGCCAACCCUGUGGAACACGCUAACCACAUGGCUGCCCAGCCACAGUUCGUCCACCCUGAACAUCGCUCCUUUGUUGACCUGUCUGGUCACAAUCUGGCCAGUCCUCACCCUUUUGCCGUUGUCCCCAGCACAGCAACUGUUGUGAUUGUGGUGUGUGUCAGCUUCCUGGUCUUCAUGAUCAUCCUGGGGGUGUUUCGAAUCCGAGCUGCACACCAGCGAACCAUGCGGGACCAGGACACAGGGAAGGAGAAUGAGAUGGAUUGGGACGACUCUGCCUUGACCAUCACCGUAAACCCCAUGGAGACAUAUGAGGACCAGCACAGCCCUGAGGAGGAGGAGGAGGAGGAGGAGGAGGAGGAGAGUGAAGAUGGGGAGGAGGAGGAGGAGAUUACUAGUGCCGAGUCAGAGAGCAGCGAGGAGGAGGAAGGUGGCCCUGGGGAUGGUCAGAACGCAACCCGACAGCAGCAGCUCGAAUGGGACGACUCCACGCUCAGCUACUAAACACACGCCUUGACACCUGCUCUGCAGAACUCUCUCCUAGCCAUCUCCCAGCCCCACGGGUCCACGAUGUACAAAAUCAUUUUGGCCAGCAGGUCUGCAGACCCCUCCCCCCAUCGCUGAACAUCGCCUGUGCUUGGUGUGGGACCAUAGGCUCCGCCCCCUGCCCGCCCCGCCCAUCACACGUGCAGUACACAGUACACUAGGAGCUGGCACUUCCUCCCUGGCCACAUCUGGGUGCAGUGGCCCACAUGUGGCUGUAGUCCCCCAUCAGUCGGGAGAGGACACCUCCAGCUUCCAGAAGCUGCAGUGGACUUGCUGACAAAGGGUAAAAAUUCACUCCCACCCGGUAAUCAUUUUUCUUUAUUCUUAAAAGUUUUUAUUUUUUUCCGAACUAGUGCAUGUAUAAAGUGGGAGAAUGGGGGUUAAUAUGUAGAUGACCAACUGACUUUUUAAUAUUUUGUAAAUAAAUUGGGAUUCUGUGUCCUCUGUGCUAGUAUAGUCCAGGACAGGAAUGUAAAGUGGAGUUAUCAACGCAGGCCCAGGAGAAACUCUCUCCUCUCUUCCACCUUUCUCACAAGAAACCAGGUUGGAGAGGUCCAAGCCACUGUGGCCCUUGCUGGGGUCUCUGUACAGCCAUGUGGCCAGGGGCCACAGGCUUCCAGUGCUGCUUGGGAGACCAGACCUGAGCACCCUGACCACAGUGGAGGCUGGAAAGAGCCAGGUAGUUAGUUGCCACAGUCCCUGGCCUCUCAUACACUCCUGUGACUGGAGGCACCUCGCUGUGCAGCCUUGUGGUUUCUGCUUAUUAACUGUGUCUCCCUGUUGGUGAAAACGUUCAGCUCAGGGGAAAUGACAGCAAUUCUGCAAGACAGUCAGGUUCCUUGAUUUGAAGACAGGCCUGAGCAAGUCUACACUACAGCAUCCAAAAGGAGAGCCUGAGGCCCAAAGACAAAGUGCUAGAAUGUUCCAAAACAGUCUGUUUUCUCUCCUCCCCAGAGGCCCCAUGGGAUGCCCCCUCACUGUCAGGGUGUGGGGUAAGACCCAAGCUCCAGGAGCUAGGAGUCUUGCUGCUUGGUGGCAAGGUAGGAUACAGCAGUCUAAACCCACACAGCACUCAGCUUGUCACUACAAUCACGGUUGAGACUUCUCCAGCGGGAAAUCUCUGGCCCUCGCUGCUCGUCUUAAGGAUGCUGACGGCGGUGCUGUCUGUGGCCACCCUCCCAUGUCCUGUCCCUGUAGCUGUUCUAUUAGAUGGUGGAAAGAGACUAAUGUGGAGAGGGACAUUUUCAUGUGCAGUGUCUGUCCCCUUUAAGAUGUGUAGGUCAGGAAAUGUAUGCACUAUAAUAAAGUUCUGGUUCUAACUCUA